AUGUUGAGGUGAAAGUGCAAGCUGCCAUUUUUUCGAAGGAAUCUUCCUAGUUAGACAAGCAAACACAAACUGUGAGUUUCACCGUCACUCUUUAGCAGUUUUGUUUCAUCUCUCGGCGUACUGGAGACAUAUUCUACAUGAAUAUUACAGACGCUAGGUUGAUUUUUGGUUAAAGCGCAGGCUUAUUAGCUCAGGGCUGCACUGGUCUGCAGAUGGCUGCUUAGCUCGGCUAGCUAACGUUAGCUUUGGCUGUAAACAAACACUACAGACAGAAGCAGGUGAUAAACGAGCUUAGACCUUGCAGGUUUGUUCAGUAACGUUAGAUUUGGUCAAUAAUUCGGUCAGAUAAAGAGCUAACUUAACGUUAGAAACGUAUGGUUAGGUGGAGCGGGGAGCAGGAGGCAGUUUGAUGUUGCAUGUCUGGAAGUUAACUUACCGACACAACUUCAGUUUUGAUGACAGUGCGAGUUUCUCCAAACCAGGUCGGAGCUCAGUCGCUUUAGAGCGGGUCGGGGUCAGUCGGGUCACAGGGGAAACACACACUUACACCGGCAUGUCGUCCUUCUCUGAGUCGGCCCUGGAGAAGAAGCUGACGGAGCUGAGCAGCUCGCAGCAGAGCGUGCAGACUCUGUCUCUGUGGAUCAUCCACCACCGCAAACACUCUGGCCUCAUCGUCAAAGUGUGGCACAGAGAGCUGAAAAAAGCUAAAAGCAACAGGAAGCUGACGUUCCUCUAUCUCGCCAAUGAUGUCAUCCAGAACAGCAAGAAGAAAGGACCGGAGUUCACCAAAGACUUUGAGUCUGUCCUUGUCGAUGCCUGCUCCCAUGUUGCCAGUGAAGCAGAUGAGAGCUGUAAAAAGCACAUGGAGAGACUGCUGAACAUCUGGAAGGAGAGGAGCCUCUACAGAGCCGACUUCAUUCAGCAGCUCAAACUGGCCAUAGAAGACUCCAACAGCCCAAGGCCUUCAGAAGAGAAGAAGCCUGUGAAACGGAGCUAUCAGAAGAUCCAGGAAGAGGAAGACGACGAAGACGACGACUACAGAAGCCACAUCUCCCCAUGCAACACGGACAUCUCCGCUACUCAGCUGACAGAGGAGCUGGUGAAGGCCCUGCAGGACUUGGAGAACGCUGCAUCGGGCGACGCAGCAGUUCGUCAGAAGAUCGCCUCGCUUCCACAGGAAGUCCAGGAUGUUUCCCUGCUGGAGAAAAUCACUGACAAAGAGGCCGCAGACAAGCUUUCGAAGACUGUGGAUGAAGCCUGUUUGCUGCUGGCGGAGUACAAUGGCCGACUGGCUGCAGAGCUGGAGGACCGGAGGCAGCUGGCUCGCAUGCUGACUGAAUACAUUGGCAGUCAAAGGGAGGCGCUCAUGGAGAGAGAGAAGAAACUAGAGGAGUAUAAGCAGAAGCUGGCGAGGGUGACCCAGGUUAGGAAAGAACUAAAGUCCCACAUCCAGAGUCUCCCCGACCUCUCCCUCCUGCCCAAUGUGACAGGGGGUCUGGCCCCGCUCCCCUCGGCCGGAGACCUCUUCUCCACUGACUGAGAGGUCUUUGCCCUGAUACACUGUCCCCCAAUGCCCCAUCCCACCCAAACCCAGCGCCACCUUUGAUUCACAAAAAACUUCUAGCUGUGUCUCCAGCCAGAGGACACUGUGGUCAAACCUGCAGGACAAGAGGGAGGAAGGGACAUUAGAAGGGAGGUUUGGUGAAAUCAGAACGCUCUGCAGAGGAGAACAGAGACUCUGUCAGUCUGGAUUUUUCAGGCUUCUGCUUGACGGACAAGGAUUCCACUCCACCAGCUUAGAAAGAAUUUUUUUCGUGUUUGUUUUUAUGUUUUUUUUUUUUAAUGCUGGUAUGUCAGUGAACUAGGAGGAGGGGUGGGGUGAAACAGACAUGUUGGUUGUCAGGUGUCAAUCAAAGUGUCUUUCUGUGUGGUAUAUUUUGGAUUCAGCAAGCAGAGGAUGGGCUGAUUGCUCUCACAAUGCUCAGAGGUUGUAACAACACUGUGAAGACGAUGUACCAUUCAUUAGUUUUAUUUUUCAGUUGUGGGCGGGGGGAAAGCUUUUUAUUGACACAUAGUCAGAUAGGUGGUUUUGAUGUGUGUGUCCAAUUACAGAAAAUAUUAGAUUGGGUUCAGUGUAUGUUGCUUUUUCGUUGCUUAAUGAAUGAUCAAGCAUAUUCAUUUCAGUAACACCUCAUAGAUUGUGUGGGACAGCAUUAUCCUCAUAGUUUAAAGUCAGUAGACUGUGUCCCUAUUUGCAAGUGUUUUUCAUUUACAAACUAAAACAAUUGAAAGAGCUCGUUCAUUUUUAUGCUUUAAAUUGGACACCUGCUUGUAAUCUGGAAAAGCUAAUUAUUCUCGUAAGUGUUCAAGACAAGGUUUGAGUUUUACAAAAAAAGUUGUGGAAGUUUGAGGAAACAACAACAAAGACAAAGUUUGCUUUCCAAUAAACUGCCUGGUCUUUAGUUGUAUUAAAAAAAACCUGAAGCCCUAAAACUCAAAAAUACUAUAUUUUCUCACAGGGCCAAACAGGUGAGAAAAACAAAAGUAAAGUAAUUAAGUUUUAGUGUGUGUAGAGCUGUGACAUAUGGAAAUAAAGAAAAGUUGAUCAGAUGAAGACCCUUUUCUAAAAUUGUUAUCACAAUUUUAGAAAUAUCAUAAGAUGUGUUUUGGUA